AUGGAGAAAUAUCAAAGAAUACGUAAAAUUGGAGAAGGUGCAUUUGGGAAGGCAAUUUUAGUAAAGCAGAAACAAAAUGGACGUGAAUGUGUUAUUAAAGAAAUUAGCUUGGGACGAAUGGGACCUAAAGAAAGAGAAGGCUCAAGAAAAGAGGUUGCUGUUUUGUCUCAGUUAAAUCAUCCCAACAUCGUAACGUAUCUAGAAUCAUUUGAAGAAAGAGGAACGUUAUAUAUCUGUAUGGACUAUUGUGCUGGAGGAGAUUUAUACACGAAGAUCAACCAGCAGCGAGGAGCGUUGAUACAUGAAGACCAGAUCUGGAAUUAUUUCGCUCAGAUUUGUCUGGCUAUAAAACACAUCCAUGACAGAAAAAUUCUACAUCGUGACAUCAAGUCUCAGAAUAUAUUUUUAACUGCUGAAGGUCGUGUAAAGAUCGGAGAUUUUGGUAUCGCUAAAGUUUUAAACAAUACAAUGGAGCUGGCUAGAACGUGUAUUGGAACACCAUACUAUCUCUCACCUGAACUCGUGGAAAAUAAACCAUAUAAUAAUAAAAGUGAUGUCUGGUCUUUAGGUUGUGUUUUAUAUGAAAUGACCACAUUAAAACAUGCAUUUGAAGCUGGGAAUAUGAAGAAUUUAGUUUUAAAGAUUAUCAGAGGAGUAUAUCCACCUAUUCCACCUAAAUAUAGUUAUGAUUUACGUGGGGUUAUAGCUCAGUUGUUUAAACGAUCACCAAGGGACCGUCCAUCUAUUAAUGCUUUACUACGUAAAAAUAUCAUGAUGCAAAAAGUUCGGAAUGUUUUAUCAGACGAGGUGAGUCCAUGUUCUCUUCACAUUGAAAAUUUUUUCACAUUUUACAGAAAUAAUCUUCACAUUUUACAGAAAAAUUCUUCACAUUUUACAGAAAUAAUCUUCACAUUUUACAGAAAUAAUCUUCACAUUUUACAGAAAUAA